GUCUGUAAAUAAGUCAAUUGCUGUCAAUGUCAACAUCAGCUUAUCAGCUGUUAAUCUACUGUUACGAAUUUAUUAUUUUAGUCAUCCGUUCUGAUCGCGUCGAAAUUGAGAAGAGAUUUUCUCUACCAUACCUACCAUAAUUUAUUACUUGAUAACCACCCAGAGAUAUUGUCCCAUCGAAGUACUAAAUCUCAUGAAAAUACUUAUUUACUUGGAUUAUCCUGAAUUACCCUCACCUCAAGAUUAUCAUAGUAAAUAUCAAGAAAAUCUUAGAAUCAUACCAUUGAUAACCUGGCUCUUAGUGCUAGAAAAGAAAUCAAAUUGUGUGAACAAUGUUGCAAGCCGAUGAAAUCGAAGAAGAUUAUUUUACUCCCGCUUCCAGUACGGCUUUGGCAAAUAUAUUUGAAAACAGAACAGACAAUCAAAAGACAGAAAAUGAGUCUUUGAAGUAUACACCCCCUAAGUCUCAAAAUGUUGCUCCAAAAUCAGAAGACACCAAAGUAACCCAAUGUGUAUUUGCAUGUGCUCUUUAUGGAUAUGAGUGGUUUAAUAAUGACUAUAUAUCUAAAGGAAAAUUAGGAUUUGCCAUAAUAAAAAUCACAAAAUCUGGCUUUCAUAAUGUUGUACUGUAUGAUUCAAACAAAACACCUUUGUCAUCUACCACAGUGUCAAGCUCUCUAGAAAUAUCAGUGAAAAACAAUGUUUACAUUUCAUAUUUUGAUAAUAUGCAAAAGUAUUGGAAUCUGUAUUCCACAGAGGAAGAAGUAAAGAAGAUUGUAAAUAUUCUUAAAACUCUAAAUGCUGUGGUUAAAUAUACAUCUGAUAAUGAAAAAGGUCCUCCCGUCCCUAUAAAAAAAUAUUCUAAAGCCCCAUUACCUAUAGAAACUCAAUCUCAAAUUGAUAGAGAAAGUGAUACUGAUUCCACAAUAAACAAACGAACUAAACAGUCAAUAUUAAAUAGAAUGGCUAAUAUGGGUCAUUCUGUUCUUCCUCAGAAUACAGCUACUGAGAAAACAAGUGAUUCUUCAGAUACUAACAAUAGCAAUAAUUACUCUAAAACACUGACAGUAAGACACAAACCCGUUAAAGGUAACAUGAAAAGAAAUAGUACAGAUAAAAGCAUUGAAAUGCAAAGUUUAAUUGAUGCACAUAAGACAACAAACAUUGAAAAUACACCUCCAUUAUAUACUUUUGUUAGUGGGCAACUUGUACCUAUUACCACUACCAAUAUGAUGACAACAUCUAACAAUUCUACAAAUGAACUAAAUAUGUUCAUGUCUGAACAAAGGGUUAACAGUAGUGAAAUGCGAAUAAAUAUUACAAGAAUGACUGACAAGGUGGACCAAGUGCUCUCAAAAGUAUCAGAUUUAGCUCAUGAAUGCACAAAUAAUUUAAAUAGUAAUUUUCAAAACGAAAUAUUUCAAAAAUUACUACAUGAAUAUGAGACAAAAAUAAAAGUUUAUGAAGAAUUAAUAAAAAAAAAGGAUAUAGAUAAAAAUUCAACAUUUUCUGAAGAAUCUACGAUAUUACAACCAAAUAAUGAAAUAGAACUAUUAAAUAAGAAGUUAUCAGAAGCCUUAGACAUUAAUAAAAGUAAGGAUAGUCAAAUUUUUACUUUACAGUCUGAGCUCACAAUUUUUAAGGAAAAGUUCAAAAGCAUGACAGAUCUAAAAGCAAGUAAUUUCGAAUUGUUUCAAGAAAAUCAGAGGUUGAAGCAAGAAUCAGAAAAGCGAAUAUACUCCUUAAAUGACAAAAAUUGUAAUGACAAGUCAAUAGAGGAUAUCAAAAACAUUUUAAAUAAUACAUUUCAUUCUAUUUCCGCUAACUUUGACAGUGACGAGCAUUACAUGGGAGAAACCAUAAAAAGCAUUGUAGCUAAUGUAAUUAAGACUGCUUUUGAAAAUUUGAAGCAGGAAAAAUCAUAAUUAGAUUGUAUUUUUAUGAUAAUUUUCGUUAUACUUAAUGUAUAUUCAAAAUAUUCCUUAGGUUAUUAAUAGUUAUGUUAAUAUAAAUAUAUAUAAUUUUA